AUGGCGAUCAUUAGCUCGUUUUUGUGCUGGACCAAUACCAGAACCGGAAGUGCAGUCUCGGGCUAUUACACAAUGAUCAUUUCGGUUGUAUGUUUGGCAUUUUACAUGCUGAGGUAUAUAGCACUUGAUGAGAUCAAUAACUCAUUAGAAUUGAAAGGAAUAGUUUAUGCAGGUUUUGUUCUUUAUUCCUGCCUUGUUGGGGUGUCCCUGAUACUGCUACCAGGGGUCUACAUGGAUCGGAAAUACCUACUGCUACCAUGGAUAUAUGUUCUAGUGAUAACGAUCCUCUACGAAACUGGAGCUGUUGCCUUGAUAACGACUGUUCAUUUAGAACAAGAUCAUACUCUUCAUGUAUGGGAGAUAGUUUCGGUAGUCUUCUACUGCCUCAGGCUGAUAGCAAAUUGCUAUUGCUUCGCUUGUGUUGUAUCCCAGUAUCAAGAGCUGUCUGAAGGACGGGGGACAUUUGAAUAUUUGUUUAAGCCGAGGCAGCGCCACAUGGGCAGAGGAGCUCCAUUACCUGAUUCAGAUGAAUAUAACCCUCCUUAUGGAGCAGCUCUUCCCCCUUACAGUGAGGAAAACCCAUACAAGGAAUACUCACCUCCUAACUAUGAAAACAUUGCUGUACAGUAUGAAAGCCUUGGUACAUUUGCUGCGUCUGCUAGAGGUGAAAGGUCGAGGAGGCAGGACAGAUUAGGGAUGGAUUAUCCUGUGUCACCCUUGGAAAUUACUACCAGCCAACACUGUUUGAAUUAUGUGAAGCGAGAAGCAUACAACAAAAGUGAUGAUUUUUGUAACGAAAGUGAAAUUAAUUAUUCCUAUUCUUCUUUUGGUGGAAGUUUAGAAGAAAUCAAUGAUUCCUCUGGCAGCCCUGGGCUUCUUGAGAUCUCCACUUAUCCAGAUACAUCUCUUAAUCAUCAUUAUCCAGAAUACAGAAAUCAUCAGAGAUGCAACAGCUUUGACAGUGAUGGAGCAGUUGCCAUGACAACUUCGUCAGCUCGUUUGAUGGGGUCAUCAGAUGACCAUAACAGUACACACACAUCCAAGAAGCCCGCAAGAUCAAAGCUGCCUACAUCUCCUUUAGCAAUUCACAAGCGAACAUACAUAACUUGGAUAUAA